AUGAAAAUGGCAAAUGUGAGCAAAACCCAGAUAAUUGACUAUGAGGGGCAUAUCAUAGAUGAUUUAAAAGAAUGGAUGAGCGACAAUAAGUUGUCAAAUUUAGGGUUUAAUUACAAUGUAAUAGCAAUAUUAGGAAGUCAGAGUAGUGGUAAAAGUACACUAUUAAAUAAUUUAUUUAAAACAUCAUUUGAAGUUAUGAAUACAAAGUUGGGACAUAGUCAGACUACUCAAGGAUUAUGGUUAAGUUAUGAUAAGUUUGAAGAUGAAUUAUCAGGUGAAUCUAGUGAGGGUAAAGAUGGAAAAUCCAAAAAUAAAAGUGGUGAUAAGCCUGUUGUAAAUCCAACCCUAAUUUUAGAUGUAGAAGGUAAUGAUUCUAAGGAAAGAGGAGAGAAUAGAUUAACUUUUGAACAUAGAUCUGCUUUGUUUUCACUUGCAUUAGCAGAUUGUGUGAUUGUUAAUUUAUGGUAUCACUCUUUAGGUAAUUUUACUGCAUCUAAUUAUGGAUUAUUAAAAACAGUUAUGGAAGUCCAUUUAGAAUUAUUUCAUCAAAACGUAAAUUGUCCUAAAACAAUUUUAAUGUUUACUGUAAGAGAUUGGUUUGAAGAAUUUGCUCCUUUAGAUGUAAUUAGAGAAAAGAUUAUCGAAGAAUAUGUAAAUAAAAUAUGGCAAGAAUUAAAGAAACCUGCAUCGUCAAAAAAAGCAAAAGUUGACGAUUAUUUUAUUAUUGAAGUUGUUGGGUUAUCUCAUGGUAUUAUUAAAAAGGAUGAAUUUUUAAAAGAUAUAAAACGUUUAAGGCAUAGAUGGAUAUAUGAAUUAAGACCAAUAAACUAUUCGAGAAACAUCCCAGCUGAUGGUUUUGCUCAAUAUUGUCAUAAUAUAUGGAAUACCAUAGUAAAACAAUCACAAUUAGAUAUUCCAUCACAACAAGAAAUGCUUGCAACUUUUAGAUGCCAAGAAAUAAAAAAUAAUGUAUUAAAUAGUGUAAGUGGUAUGAUUAAAGAAAAGACAAUUGAUUCUAAAAAUAGAUAUAUUGAAAAUUUUAAAACAUGGGCAGAAACUGAGAUUAUUGAAAAAAGUGUAAAUGAAUAUUUAAUAGAUGCAUCUAGAUAUCAAAAAAAUAUAUGUUUAAAAACAUUAGAAGAAUUAUUAGAAACAUUAUUUAUACAAUUACAAACUAUUGUUGAUAAUAAUUUAAAUUAUACUCAAAGAAUUUUAUCUUCUAAAUUUUCUAAAGAAUUAAAUAGUAUGUAUAGUAUAUGUACAACUGAUAAAGGCUACUUCUUAUUUAGUAGUGAUAAAAAUGUAGAUGUAACAGAACAAGAUGAGAAUUUAUCAAAUAUGGAUAAAUCAGGAGAAAGUAUUAAAAGGGGAAAUCAAAGUAAGUGUAUCAAUUUAUGGUCUAACUUUUUAUAUAAUGCAGAUAUGUUAGAAUAUACUACAAUAAGUAAUUUUUAUGAUCAAUAUAAAAAAUGUACUAUAGAAAUUGCUGAAGCAAGUAUAGCUAGUAAUGAAAGUAAAGGUAGUCAAGAAAAAAAGAAUCACGAUUUUAAUUAUAAAAAUUCAUUAACAAUAUUAGCUACAUCUAUUUAUAAAGAUACAAACAGAAUUAGAAGUGUACAAUGUAACAUUUUAAUUGAAAGAAUUAGGGCCACAAUUAAAGAAGAAUUAAAAAAUGUUGAUAAUAUGUUAGUAACUGUUAAAUGCUCAAAAGAUUAUUGGGAUUAUAUAUUAAAAAUAAUAAAUAAAUUAGAAGAUCAUAUUUAUACAAAUUUAUCAAAAUCUUUUGUAAAUCUAAAAACAGGAAUAAAUACAACAUAUCUAAAUAAUGGAGAUAAUAUAUAUGCAAGAUUAAAUACUAAUACUGAUUAUGGUUUUGCAUAUUCUCAUAAUGACCAAAUGUAUGACUUUUCAGAUGACGAGAAUAUAAGUUAUGAUGAAAUAGAUACUGAAAUAGAUCAAAGUAAAAAUGAUAUGGAAAGUUUAUUUAAUAGUAAAAAGUUUGAAAUAAUUACAAAAAAAAGUAAAAAAGAAAAAUAUGUUAGUACUAUAAAUAAUGAUUUAACUAAAGAAAUGAAUAAUAAAAAACUUAUUUUAGAAUUAAAAAAUUUUUAUACUGAAAUAAUUAUAGAUGCAUUAAAAAUUAAAUUAGAUGAAAUAUCCAAUGAUAUAGCUAAUAUAAUUAUUAAUAGAUUUGAAUCUGUUUUUAAUUAUGAUGAAAUUGAACAACCAAGACAAUGGAGAAAUAUAUCUGUAGUUGAAUUAAAAAAUAUUUUCCGAGUAUCAAAAGAUUAUGCAUUUUUAAUAGUUGAGAUUCUUCAAAAAAAUAUAAAAAUUGAUAAAAUUGAUAAGCAUUUACCAAAUAAUUUUAUAAAUACUGAUAUUAUUGAAAAGGGAAAAAGUAAAGCUAAAAAAAGAAUACAAGAAAUAUGUAGAGAUGCUCAAUAUAUACAAGAAACUGGAGGACAAAUGAGUUUAAAAAAUGUUCCAUUUGCUUUUUGGGUUAUUUUAUUAAUUUUAGGAUGGAAUGAACUAUUAAUGUUUACUCGUUUAUUUUUUAGAUUAAAUAUUAUUCUUCCAAUCUUUAUGGCUUUUAUAAUUAUCGUUGGUUCAUGUCUUUAUACUGGAAAUGCUCAGGUCCUUUCUUAUCUAAAUAAAAUUGCUUUCAUUAUAAUAAAGAAUUCAUAUAAUUUUUAUAAGCACCUACAAACAGUUGGAAAUCAACCAACCAAACCAGAGAAAGUUGAUUAA